CAUCCGAAUGGGAACUGGCGGUCCAACGAGUGUGGUUAUUUAAAGGGCAGAACAAGCAACGCAUUUCACCCCAUCGUUCAUCGUCGUCGUUGUUCUUUACCUCCUGAAAAUAAUAAUUUCUAUCAUGUUUUCCAUCAAGACAAUCUCUAUUGGCCUCGUUCUCGCUCUCGCUUCCUCUGUGAACGCACAAGCUACGGGUGGUCUGCCAACAGCCGACAUUCUCAACCCCGCGCUUCCAGAAGCAUGCAAAAACGCUGCUAGCGGUCUUCUCGUCAAGGCUCUUACCAGCUGCAACCUCGCUGAGCUUCUGCCCCUUGCUAGCACUGCAUCAAAGGACCCUCUCGCCGCUGUUGGAUCCGCUAUCAACUCGCCCACGUUCUUGACCAACCUUUGCGGUACAGAUUGCUCCAACACUAUCAACUCUAUUGGAUCGUCCCUCAGCUCUUGCGGCAACACCCCACUGUUUGUCGCCAAUGCAACCACUCCAGCAUCAUCCCCAACAGCUGCUGCCAAUGGUCUGACCGCCAGUGAUCUUGCUGGUCUUUCCAAGUACGCUCAAAACGUCAUGUGCGUCAAGACUUCGGACAACAAGCAAUUCUGUCUGCAAGAGCGUUUCGCCGUCAUCAAGCAGCAGUUCCCCAAUGGCGAUGUGACUGUUGAAAAGGCCGUCGCUAACGAAAAGGUUGCUUGCUCUGCCUGCUCAAAGGCCCUCUCUGACGUCGCAUCCAAGACCGACGGUGUCCCAGCCAACAUUGUUAGCGAAGCAAAGCCUGCUCUUGAUGCUUUCAAGGCCAGGCUUGGCCAGUGCCCUGCGGGCUCCUUGACAGCUAGUAGCACCCAAAGCAGUGCCGGACAAACUGUUGUUGUCGGUUCCUCAGCUGCAGCACUUGCCGCCGUCGCCGCUGCUGCUUUGCUCGCCUAAGCUGCAGAAUGUAACCUGGCUAUAUAGAUAGAUCAAUUUAUUCGUCAUGGGAGUAAUUAUUGCAACCAUUCGGAAGGACGAUGGCGGAUCUGAAAAAAGUGGAGGAUUUGUAUGUAGAGUAUUUGUCGGUUUGUAAACAUCAAUACAUAACCCUUGUAAAGACAAGAAUUUUGGGCUCAAUAUAUGAAUAUUCUGGACAAGGAAACUAUCUAAAAUCAAAAACUCC